AUGGUCAAGACCCUCCCCUUCGCAGACAUCGAGGUCCCAACGCCCGGCUUCGGUGCCAUGGGCAUCAGCUUCGGGCUUGGGAACAACCUCACGCUUGAGCAGGCUGAACCGGUGCUUUUGAAGGCUAUUGAGCUGGGGUGUACGUUUUGGGAUACGGCGGUCGUCUACCAAGCAGGUGUCAACGAGAAGCUGUUGGGAGAUUUCAUCCGCAAGCAUAAUGUCCGGGAUAAGCUGUUCAUUGCAUCAAAGUGCGGAUUCAAUUGCCUGAACGGUGGCGACGGAAGCGUGACCAAUUCGGCUUCCCACAUCAAGACGUACAUCGAGGGUACGAUCGAAAGGCUGGGGUUCACGCCAGAUCUCUAUUACCUGCAUCGAAUUGAUCCCAACACGCCCCUCGAGGAAUCGAUCCCAGCUCUCGAUGAGAUCCGCAAAGCCGGGAAGACGAAGUACAUUGGCCUGUCUGAGUGCUCUGCAAAGACGCUGCGCAAAGCGAACUCCAUCGCCAAAAUCGACGCCCUCCAAGCAGAAUACUCCGCCUUCGAAACCCUGCACGAAACCGACGGCCUCAUCGACGCCGCAAAGGAGUUGGGCGUGGCCUACGUCGCCUACAGUCCUCUUGGCCACAGCUGGCUGGUCGACGACUUUCCCUACCAAAGCCCAGACGACUUCGCCCCCGAUGACUUCCGCCGAACUGUCCCCAAGUUCCAGGGUGAGAACUUCUACAAGAACAAGCGCAUCGUGGAGGAGAUUAAGAAACUUGCUACCGCCAAGGGCUGUACGUUGACGCAGAUUGCGCUUGCUUGGGUUGCUGCUCAGGGCAUGAUCGCCAUCCCGGGGACCACGAAGCCGCACCGGUUGGAGGAGAACUGGAGGUCGAGGGAGGUGGAACUGAGUGAGAGUGAGAAGGCCGAGUUGCGGAAGAUUGUCGAUGCGGCGAAACCGGUUGGGAACAGGUAUUCGGAGCGGGCGCAGGCGAUGGUUGGGCACUGA